GCGUCGAGCGUCAAGAGUGAGAACGCUGCGAGCAAGCAAAACACUGAACGGAAAUUGGAACUCGGGUAUAAGCGGUGUCACUCCACGUGACUAGCAUCUGCACCUUGCCCGGACCCUUGCAUUCCCGACUAUGGCUGGUCCUCAAUCCCCCGGAUUCCAUCCUCAUCUCCCCGGACGGGGCUACACGAUGCUCGCUAAAGGAAUUGGUGCCACGAUGUGGUUCUUCAUAUUCUACAGACUACGACAAGAUGGUGGAAAGCUGCUGGGUCAUCAUCCUUUCCUGGAACACGGACAUGGCGGUCACGGCGAAGAGCAUGCCUCGGGGUCGGCGCACCAUUGAGUACCGCGUGCUGUAUGAGAAUGUGUAUCGGAACUGGAGGAAGCACAACUGUCGAAUCAAAUGUUGCAUCCUCCGAAUCCAAAAUGCACUUCAUGCAGGAACCUUUGUAUUUAUCAGCAACAAUAAAGACGCAUAGAUUGGGCAGCAAGCAUCCGUCUCGUUGUAGCAGGUAGACGCCAGCUAGAAUUGGGUCGAAUGAAAUGAAAUGGCUUGAAUUCGAUUGAGCGUGACCUGUUUUAGUACUUGCCUGUGCUUUCCUUCCACCACUUCGUAGAGUACGACAGUGGAUCGACGUUUGUAAUGCACAUUCUGAGCCGGCCUCGUUUUGUUGUUGAGUCGCUCCGACUUCUAUGGUUGGGCAUUGCUGUCUGGUACGAACACAUCGUCUUCUUGGUGACUAUCCGUAGAUGCUCUUGGCCCGACUCCGAUACUCUUGGUUCCCCCCCUUCGCAUGUUCUCAUCGUUGCUGACCCGCAAAUCUUGGACCACCGGUCGUAUCCUGAACGCGGGCUGGUCCUGACGUACAUAUCCCAGUUCUUGGUCGACUUGAAUCUCCGGAAAAGUUGGCGUGCGUCUCUGAAGCUCAAGCCUGACGUGGUUGUGUUCCUGGGAGAUAUGAUGGACGGAGGUAGAUUUGCCAUGUCGGAUGCGGAAUACGAGCGCUAUUUUCGGAGAUUCAAGAGCAUAUUUGCUUGCCCUUCCACUAUUCCCCAACAUUACAUACCGGGGAAUCAUGACACAGGCCUGGGCGCAUCCGAGGAGUUUUCUGAGCACGCGAAAGAGCGAUACAUCUCGCACUUUGGCCCAUUAAAUCAUCAUGAACAUCUCGCAAAUUACACUCUCGUAUUUCUCGAUGGGCCCAGCCUUGCAGAGGAGGAAAAGCUGCGACCUGGUCGCUCCUACUUUGAGACCCCGUCAACUCCGAGCGGUCCUAUCGAGUUCACUCGUUCUUUCUCGGCCUCGGCUCAUUCGAAUCCCAUCGUACUCUUCACUCACAUUCCUUUGCAUCGGCCUGAUGGAUCGAGCUGUGGCCCUCACCGGGAGCGAGGGUCAAUCCGACGAGGCUUCGGCUUUGGUUACCAGAACACACUUAGUCGGGCGACGUCGGAUUUUUUGUUGCAAAGUCUGGAGCCGGCGGUGAUUUUCAGCGGAGACGACCACGACUACUGUGAACACACUCAUUCUUUUGUGAACCAGGGCAAGAAGAAGCUGGUUCGUGAAGUCACAGUCAAGAGUCCUUCGAUGGCAAUGGGAAUCCGGCAUCCCGGGGUGCAGCUGUUGUCUCUCGGGCCAUCAACACACAAUGACGCACUUUGCCUCCUGCCCGAUCAGCUCGGAAUAUACCUUUCUGUCUACAUCCCUCUGCUCGUUCUUUCGCUUGCUCUUGUUCUUUUUGCAAACUUGCGACGAGUACAAACACGGAACGAACGCACGUCUCCUCUGCGCUACAAUCUUGGGCGGUCUAGUGAUGACUACCCUCCGGAGAACCUUCCCAACCCUGGUUCCCACAAAACAAGAUUGAAGAAGCCUAUCCUGUCUCAAUCCUUUGUCAUCUUUGGACAGCGACGUCGCAUUGAUAUUCAUUUCAGCUCGAUCUACCGACUUGCCACGUGUUGCUAUGAUAGUCAGGGUGUCCCACGACUGCGGGGUUUCUGGAUGGGAGCGCUCGUCGACGUCAGGGAUGUCGCAGUCGUCCCGUUAGCAAUAUUCAGUAUUCUAUCUUGGUGGAUGUUCAGAUAAUCGAAAUAGCACGUUUCGCACGCUGUCAUCACUUAUCGGCACACAACAUGUGAUCGUGUCCUGCCAAUCUCCCUAUCCAUGUCGACGCUCAAGUAUGACUCCCAUGGACCUUGACCCCCCAGCGUACCCGGCACCGUCUCCAACGUCUCCUGCUCCUUCAUAUGCGUCGUUGCCCCGGGAUGGCGACUCGAGUAUCGAGUAUACUCCUCGUGCAGGACGCGCCCGGGUCGAGACAGGGACAUUGAUCAAGACUUACAAGGAUGGGUCUGCAAUUAUAUUCAAGCACCAAGACGCACAGAACGACUCGCCUAUCUACGGCCGAAACUCGGUCGUGUCUGGGGAGAUUGAACUGGAGCAUCUCGACACGGUCGUGUCCGUCACCAGCAAGCUGGACUGCCACCUCCAUCUCUCUUCCUCCGAUUCUGGCUCCGAAACCCGAAAACUGGUUGACCAACGCCAUACGCUGUGGGACUCAGCGGGAACUAGUCGUCCCGGUCGUUGUCCCACCCUAGUCGGUUUCGCUAUCCCGUUUCCCAUGACCUUCACGGAUCAUGACCGUCUGUUCCGCACGCCACCCACAUUCGAGACGAUCUGCUUGGGCAAUCCGCUUCUAGUGGUGAAAUCCGCUUACAGUCUAGUGAUCACUGUGACGAGGACUAGCAACCGGCGGCUAUCUUUUCGGAAAACGGCAUCCAAAUCGUAUGUUCUCCUCGCUGCAGGGCGCAGGGAUUGAUUCGAGUCGAAUAGGUACAUCAUCCCCCUGGUCUUCCGACCUCGUGAGCGAGGCUGCCGCAAAUCUGGUGCUUUCAGAAUCUCAACAGCGUGUAGGAACGCGACCUGCCCGCCCGAUACUUCCUAACCCAACUCUUUUCACGACCCUGAAGGAAGCGCCAGCAGAAUGGCACCAGAUGGAGGUCAAGAUACCCGUGCGUCAAGAUAGAGCGGUUCAAUCGAUUACUUGCCAUGAAAGCCGCACGCGCAUCCCAGGCCAUUGAUUCCUACUGACACCGUUUGCAGUUUUUGAUCCCGUCCGUGCAAACGUUCUGCCUGGCUGACCAAAUACCGUUCCAUAUCCAAUUGACGGGAACACGCGCCUCGCUAGGCCUUUUCUAUGGCGCGGUUUCGCCCGAUGCACUUGCCGGCAAGAAGUCGCGUCGCCGGUUCUAUUCUGCUGUAGUUCGGGUCUUCCUUGCGAGACAGAUCUAUCUCGAAGUUAAUGCGCGGCCAUCUUGGAGGACCAUGACGGUAGGAGAGGGCAAGCUGGAAGCGAUUCCACCGCAUGAAAGCACUAGGGAAGAAGCAGAGGGAGGGGCAACGGACAUAGUGUCGGUAAAUUGGGAAGGACAAGUGCGAUGUAGGGACGAUAUGACCUGUGCGAGCUUCAGUACCAACCAUCUCAUAGUCAAGGACUUUAUCAUUUUUGCGCUCACACCUGCCAACGCACGGAGCUCCCCCCUUCAGUCAAUUCGACAUGCCCAUCCCAUUCGCCUUGUCACGGACGGAUACAUGGACGACGACAUGGCACACCCGGAAGACUAUUGAGGCCCAGACGAUGCGCCGUACCACGAUAGCCAACUUCUAGUCAAGAAUCGUGACAGAUGCACACGAGACAAAACGCGUUGACAAAGACAGUCAAUCGCCGCAAGGACGGAGCAGAUCGGCACGUAUCUUGCUUACUACUUCGUCAGUAUCCUCCUGCACUGAAUUCUGUUUUGGUGAUGUUGCCAAUGGCUGGGACAUGUCCCGGACUCAGCUGCAGAGUGUCAGUGAAAGUGCAUAUAAAUACCCACUCAGUAAUACCAUUGACUCAAGUUGAACAUUCGUGCGGGUCGGCACUGAACACAACUGAAUGAGGGUCACUCACACUCUGUUCAAGCAAAGCUCUGAUUGUAGUACUGUCAUCGACCAUUCAUCAGCUGUAUUUCCGUUUAGCUAUGAGGCAUCGACGGAUUAGAACGGAAGUGAGGAUCACAAGUCCUUGACAAAAUGUGAUUACACGUAGGAUGUCCCGGGCGCGGUCGAUCACGCACUGUAACUGACGAAAAUGUGAUGCUAGGCGGCAAGCUGUACAGAA